GUAAAAUAUAUUUGUACAGCCACAAAUACGUACAGUUACUUCAAUUAAAACCUGUAUUCAAAUCUUGAGCGGCAAUUUAUAUGAAUACAUUUCCCACUCUGACCUUAAACAGAUUUCUAAGAUAGGGCAGCCUCCUUUGAGCUAUUUUAAUGCUGCAGUACUCCCGCUGGCCUGAAGGUGGCUGCUGGAGCUACACCAAAGGGCGUUUCAAGCUUUGAAACCCUCCCGCACUGUAAAACAGUUCAUCCAUGAUGUUACAGGCAAACUUACAGCUUAAGGAAAAGUCAGCACCAGAACACCGCAGUCAUAGCGAUUAGAAAAAUACCUUUGUAUGCAAAUCAUGAAUCUUAACUUCUUUACAAUCUAUGAAAGUUUUAAGUUUUUAACACUAAUUAAUCCAGUUGAGCUAUUUCUGCGACCCUGUUCUAAAUGACAGCUCAGCCGGGUCCUGCCAGACUAAACAGGAGCUCUUUGAGGGUCUGUUUGUUUUCAGACUUGCUGAGUGACAAGCUUGGUUCUAAGUAAGGCAUGCUCCAUAUUCAACAAGGGUCGGUUAACAAACUGAAGGGGACAAUCUUACACCAUUCUAAGUCAAACACCUGGAAAGAAAGUUAUAGAGUUCUGAUGUUGUUAGUUUUACCUCAUGUCAAGAAAUUGGGGGUUACCGAGGCGUUUCAGGGUAGAAAGAAUGAGAGUGCAAUUAAAUAUCACUUAAAACCGGAGAAAAAACAUAUCUUGUGUAUAUAUAUAUAUAUAUAUAUAUAUAUAUAUAAUGAGUAAACGCCAACACCCAAUAGACAGCAAUUGUUUUAUAAUGUUUCCAACAAAGGAAAUGAAAUUAAAAUUAAAAAGGGCUUUAACCUUUACAGGAACAUUGUCUUCUUUUUCUAUGAAUGACCAUCAAAGCUUGAACGUUGUUCACUAUUAAUUUAAUCAAACACACCAUUUCAGCAAACUCUCAGUGACAUUUACUUGCUUUGCUGUAUUCAAAGGCAGUUUAGAUUUACAUAAAUUUCAUUUUAUAACUGGCUUCCAGUUGCAUUAAAAAUUCACUUGUAAAUUCAGCUGAAUGUUAAAAUGCCACUUCAUUUGUCAUGCACUAAAGUUCCUAAUUACAUUGAAAAAGAACCAACAGUAGCGCUGGCAUAUUUAAUAUAAGAUUAUACACCAAUCAGCCAAGGCAUUUAGAAUAAGUGAAUGCAUCGCAAUGCAGUGACAGAAGGAAAAUCCUGGGUGUUUGUAUUCAUGUGGAUGCCACUUUGACCUGUACCACCAACCCCCCAUGGUAACGGCACUCCCUGACGAUGGUGGUCUCCCCACAGCAGGACAAUGGGGCCAAUCAAGCCACAGAAAUGCCAACAAAGACCUCAAGGCUUUGAUCAGUCUAAAAGACUCAACAGAUUCUCGUCUGACCAAGUAACCGUGGGAUAAACCAAAACAAUCCAUAUUCAUAGUGGCCCCACAUCAAACCCAACGGGUCUGCUACCCACAUCCCUACUUUUAGUGAGUGUAUUUAAUUACAGCAAGAGUGAUUAGUAAGAUAUGGUAGAACUAAGUGGGAGAAGCAGAAUAUGUGAUUAUCCUGUCACAAAGUGACAGUUUAAUCAGUUUAAGACAGAUGAAAAAGACUGAACCCUUUAAUAUUUUGGCUAGUGAAUGUAGCAGAGGCAGCAUUUAAAUUGUUGCUUUACCAAUUAUCAAUAACCUCGUUAGCAAACCAUUGCAACUUUUUAGGUUGAGCAAUCAUAGAGGGAAAUGAUUAUUAUAAUAUUAUUCAUGUGGCGUGUUUUUCACUCUCAGUCAAACCACAUCCAAUAAUAUUGACUCCCUAUUAGCUCUGCUUUUUGUUUUGAUGGUGGCUAAAUGAUUCCCUGUUUUCACCAAGUAAUGGCCUUAAGUAUCCUUUUCCUGUUUGCUGCUGAGUUGUUAGCCUAAGAUGGGUUUAUGGAGCAUUAUUUUUCAGCUGGCAAUGAAUGAUUCAAACAGCUGCAGAUCAUUUAUUUGCCUUUUUCUUCUCGGUUUUGGAUCAAAGAGGGGUCAUUUGCUGCGAAAUACUUAAAACUGACCAUGGAACAUUUCACAACUUUCUUGGUACUUGCUUUCACAACCAAAAUGUCAAAGUAAUUUUCUACAAACUACUCUUAGUUUCUUGUAAUUGAUUGCUGUUACAACUCCAGUAAAUAGCAUGUAGGCUAUUUGGUUGUUUUAGUUUAAAUCUGUUGGAGAUCAGAACCACAUCAUAGGAAAUAUGGUGUAAUAUUGAAUGUUUGCUAAAAAGAUUGAUCUUAUUAAAUUCAAAUAGCUAUGAGAUUUGAGUAUUUAGAUUUUAUAUGUGGCCUCCACAUAAAAAAUGGAAGCAGGUCAGUAAUUAAUUUCACCCUUUUCACCAAUUCAUACCUCCAUUUCAUUCUACUUUCUACUUUCAUUUGUACAUCAAAUAAUUCGCCAUGAUAUAGUAAUAUUUUAACACGGUUUAUUAUUUUUUAUAAAUUCUGGAGAUAAUUUUUUAUAAAAAAUAGUUCAUAUUUAAUUGAUUUCAAUCAUGUUGUAUUGUCUGAGAAUUUGUAUUAAUCUCCAUUUCCAUUUAUUUUGGUUCUGGUUCCCUUUUAGGCAUCUUAUAAAAAAUGCCAUGAUCUGAUAUGAAACCAAAACGAGAAAAGAGUAAAAUUUUCUGUGCUGUGUGAAUGUUACAAGCUGAAUGCAUUCAAAUUAUUUAAAGGAGAUUAAAUGAUGCAGAACCCCUUAGAACCAUGUCUGUCCUACCACAAAGAUUUUGAUUCAACUGGUUGCACAAGGCUCUGAGGAAUACAGAUAUGUAGGUUUUAUGGUCUUGCUGUCAGAAGUGAGGACACAGCAGUAAGUUAAAAGCUAAUGAUUCUUUGUGUCCUUUUUGUAAACCUGAUCUGUUUUUUAAAUGGGGUUCCAUAAGGAAGAGGAUAUCAUUUUCCUAUUCUAAAGCAUGUAGUUCUCAAGACACUUAUUUAUAUUUCACACUAUGACAAAGAUGGCAUUUUCCUGCAUUUUAAUCCAAUCAAAGAAUUAUUUUAUUAAUCCAAAAAGUGAGAUUAAAUACAUUAUUUGUAUAAAUUGUAAAUAUGUAUUUAGAGGUAUGAACGAGGAAGAACUUGUUGUGGAAAGCAGGAGUUCAGCUUAGCAGUACAAUUAGUAAUGUCAUCAGCUUGAGGCAAGAAAAGCUUUAUUUAAUCAAAACUAUGAUGUUUAAAUGGUGUCUUUUAAGGGCAACUAUUUGGUGAUAACUAUAUCUUCUGGUAUAGUUAAAAUAUGAAUAAUAUUUCUAGCUAAAAGCUUUCGAAGAGAACAACAUGUUUACUCAUUUGAAAUCCUGAUCCGUUCCUCUCUUCAGAAAGAAAUAGUUUUAACAAAGUUUUUUUUUUAAAGUGUUAAACAUCUAAAAAAUAAUGGCUAUCAGGCACUGAAAAAGCUAUAUGGUUUGAUAUUUGAAAGGCUGAAGAAGCACAUGGAUUACAGAGGAAAAACUGUAUGAAAAAAUUGAAGAGAUGAAGGUUCCUAAUUGCCUCCUGCUGGUAAAUAGUAUCUAUUGGCAGUCAUAUGGUAUUGUUCCCUUACUGCUGACAUAGUAGAAUACUGAAAACAAAAAUACCACUGUGAAUAGGGGUAUAAAUGCCACCCCCCUGCUGGGAAGGAACUGAUGCAUGGUGAGUACAAAAUGUGCCAUGCCAUUUGUUUUUGGAAAGAAGUAAAAGUAACAAAUGGAAAAAAAUAACCAGGGAUGAAAUGACAACUCACUCCUGAUGGUAAACAAUGAGCUGAAGAACUCAUAGAAACUCAAUUUCACUGCAUGAUUGUUACUGUUAUAGAAAUGGUAUCUUAACAAUUUUUACUGCAACAUAUCAAUAUUUCCUUUGGGCUCCUAAAAUUAACAGACCUCUUUUUCACAUUGAAAACUCCACAUCCUUCCCUCAGCAGACCAGUCGAUAUGUCUGCUGCCAUAUAUUACAGUAACAUUAAUCUUGGUGGGCACAGCGAGUCAGCAGGCAGACAGCCUGCGCUGCCUUGUAACCAUGCAAGGAUGAAUUGAUCUCGACAUUGCCCAUGUAGUGAAAUGCAGUGUUUGCUUGACAGUUCAGCAGAUGUUCCCUGUGCUCACAGCAUGAGGAAACAGUCUGGCGUGUGGUAUGCAUAGGAUGUGGCCCAGUGAUAAAUUCAGUGAAUGGAUGGCCCCUUGAGGUAAUGCUGUUAAAAUGAAUAACUGUUCCUGUUCCCUGCCUCCCAUGUGCCGUCAAAAACCAUAAAGCAAACUGAUACAAAAAAGUGGUGCAAAUGAACGUCCCAUGACAGUGACUCAGCCAGAACACCUGAACAAAGUUGGUGUUUUUAAAAUGACGACAAGUCCUUCCUCUUUAGUAAUGCCCCUUAAAUAUGUUGCAAUUCCCUCAUACAGUCAGGGUUACAUCAGCUCACUUCCUACAAUUCUGCAGAGAGCCUGUCCGAGGCUUUCCUGUCAAAGAAUGAUUUAUGCUGUAGUUGACACUGAAAGGUGGUUAAAUUGAACUAAUAUUUGCAUACAUUAUACACAGUACAGAGGAAAUUAUGAAUUAAGCUGUUUUCUUCUUGAAAAAUGUUUGGGUUAUCGAAAAUGUUAUAUUGUAUGUGUUGUAUUCGUAAACAUCUUUCAUGAUAGCCAGUCCAACAGGUAGUAAAGUAACCUACCAUGACAUAUUUCUGGGAAGCAGUCUUGUAAUGCUGCAUUUCAUUUACAGAAAAAAUCAUUUUGGAGCGUAUCUGAAACAAUUAAGACCACUUUGCUGUAAAGCCUUUUCGAAAAAUUUCCACAAAUAUCAAAUUAAAGUUAGAAACUUCCCAACACAUUGUUUCUAUGCUAAGAGAAAAGGGAACAACUUUCUCAGAUAUUAAAAUAGUCACUUCUUCACCGUUCUCCUAUGAUGCGAAGACCACUUACAUUUUCACAAAGACGGGGGAGAUGUAGCAAAUUACAUUUUUGUCAGAAUUUACCAAAUGAUUACUUCAGGUCGCAGCGGCAGCAGCAACUAAAACGCAUUUCACAAAUUGCUACAUAUUCAAUUCUUACAUUUGACAGAACCUAGAUGGGUUUUAUUAUUCACAUGAUACACAAAUCAUAAAAAGACACGAGACUCAAGUUGGCUUCUGAUUUCUCAGAGGGGUAAAGGCUUAUUUUUUCUCUAUUUUUUUGGAAUUUGGUCAAACUCAUGUCAGAUCAAUUUCACAAUCUUUGAAACAGACUUGCCAAAUUUGGGAGUUUUUAUUCUACCUUACAAUCUUUUAAGGCACAGAGUGUCAAUUUUGAAGACUAUCAAAUAAAAAUGCAAACAGCUGUUUCAUUAAAAGCUCUGCUCUGGACUGGUUUAGUCAUACUGGGUAAAUAAAGUCCUGUCCACAAUAAUUAAACCAGUCCAGAGCAGAGAUGUUAAAUCAGGAGAUUGCGCUUAUCCUUUAGUUUCCCUAACUUGUGGAGUUCCUUGGGGGUCCAACUUCGGUACUUUGCUCUUUAUUCGAUAUAUGAGAGCUUUUGAGCUCAUUUUAGAAAAUAUAAUAUUUUGUCACAUUGCGUCGUGGAUGAUAUCCAGGUCUCCGUGCAGAUUAAAUGUAGUAAAAAUCUAAAAACCAACUGAAAACAUCACUGAAGUGACAUAAGAACUUGCCUAAAGUUGAACAAUCGUUUAAACUGUUUAGUAGAGCCAUGCUGUAUUUUUCAUUUUAAUUUUUUAAUCUGUUUAUGUAUGACAGUUUAGAAGAUACACAUUUUAGCUCAUAGGCAUCGCAUGAUUUUAGCUUGACUUUGAAAACUCUGGUCAGUUUUGGGUUGCUCACAUUCGUAUUAAAACUAGCUAAGACUCGAUGCUUAUGAUAAAAUGAAUGCAACCUCUUAAAAAGACAAAGGAAGAAAUAAGAGGAAACUAAAGCCUUCCGUUGAAUCUCCCAUUCAAGCGUCUGGUAUGUGUGUUGUAAGCCGGGAAACAAUUUUCAAUGAAUGGGAAGACACUGUUAGCAUCAAAGACUGUGCUGAAUGUGUGUGGCGGCAUCCUGAAAACAACACGUGUGAUCUGCAGAGGAUAUAGUGGAGGAUGUGUAGUCUGUGCAUCUGCUUCUGUGUGUUUAGUGAGUACUGAAAGGAAUCUCCACUUCACAUCUUUUCACAGUGACUGGUCACAGUAAAGGGGGGAGUGGUUUAAACUCACAGUUAGUGUUUAGACCACUUUAGCAAGUGGUCGAGGGACUGAUGAAAGGCGAGCACAUGCAGUCCAGCACCACUGAGGUAAAGACACGCUACCUCAAAUUCCUGAUUGCUUUCUCUCCACCUACCAAAGAGGUUUUAAAAGGAGUCUGCAGAAACUUCAGAGAGCUGUUUAUGUUGGAUGCAGCUUGGGAAAAACCUCUAAUGAGAGAAGACUAAAAAAAAAACUAACCAAAAUUAAUCUCUUCAAUUUUUUGAGCAAAGAGUAAUGAAGAUGCUUAAUGUGGAUUUACUCAUUUUAAGUUUCUGCUUUGGUUUGGGAACGCAGUAUGGUGCUGUUGGCAAGAGACAGUAUCAGAUACAAAACGGCGCAUGUAGCUACACUUUUCUGCUGCCUGAGCAAGAGAACUGCCAAAGCACCUACAACUAUCCUGAUCAAAAGGAUGGACCAAUGGACGACGAGUCGGUUCAGAGACUGGAACAACUGGAGAUGGGCAUGGAGAACAACACACAGUGGCUGCUUAAGUUGGAGAAUUACAUACAGGACAGCAUGAAAUAUGACAUGCUCCAGCUCCAACAGGCUGCCGUACACAACCACACGGCUACGAUGAUUGAAAUUGGGGCAAACCUGCUGAGUCAAACUGCUGAGCAAACAAGGAAACUCACUAAUGUGGAAGCGCAGGUAAUCCAUCAUACAACUCGACUUGAGCGCCAACUUCUUGAAAACUCCCACAACUUGGAAAAACAACUUAUAGUCCAGUCAAAUGAAAUCAGCAAACUGAAUGAUAAAAACAGCCUUCUAGAGAAAAAAGUGACAGAGAUCGAGAAGCAGAGGCAAGUGGAGCAAAAAACACUUCGAGAAGAAAAGGAGCAGCUUCAGUCGCUAAUACUGAGGCAGACGGCCAUCAUCGGGCAACUGGAGCAGCAGCUGCUCAAAGUUUCUUCCAACAACUCUGUUUUACACCAUCAACAGCAGGAGCUAUUGGACACAGUGAACAGCCUAGUACAGAUAUUAUCUACCGGUUCUAUUCAAGAACCCAAAAUUGCCAUGAUGCAAGACACUCCAACGACAUACAUGGACUGUGCUGCUGUCUAUAAGUCAGGAAACAUCAAAAGUGGCGUCUACACUCUCACAAUCCCUAACACCACCACAGAGGUGAAGGCUUUCUGUGACAUGGAGACAGAAGGAGGCGGCUGGACGGUACUACAAAAACGCUUCGAGGGCCAUGUUGACUUUCACCGUACGUGGCAGGAGUACAAAAAGGGAUUUGGAGAACCGUCAGGUGAAUACUGGCUGGGAAAUGAAUUUGUCUCCAGACUGACAAUUCAACAAUCAUACAAAUUAAGAGUCCAGCUGAGCGACUGGGAAGGAAACUCUGCUUUCUCUCAAUAUGAUCAGUUCUCUCUGGAUGGCGAAGCACAAAAUUACAGGAUACACCUUAAAGGCUACAGUGGAACUGCAGGCAAAAUAAGCAGCAUUGGGCAGCCAGGAAGUGAUUUUAGUACAAAGGAUGCAGACAAUGACAAAUGUGUUUGCAAGUGCUCACAACUGACAACAGGAGGCUGGUGGUUUGAUGCCUGCGGCCCAUCCAAUUUGAAUGGGAUGUAUUACCAAAACGGCCAGAACUCCAACCGCUUCAAUGGAAUCAAAUGGUACUACUGGAAAGGAUCAGGAUACUCACUGAAGUCGACUACCAUGAUGAUCAGACCGACAGACUUCUCAGCCUUGCUUUGAGCCCAUGUUCAUUAAAUGAAGCGUUUCAAAAAUGUUGCCCAGAAAACACCAGUACCAAAAGUAAAGGUUCAAGUGGAAGCCAAAGUACUUCAUAAAUAUGUCUCUUCGUACAUACAUUUCUCCUUAUUUAUGUCUUUAUAAAUUUGAUCUCAAGGGUUUGUGCACAUUAAAAAUGCUGACAGCUUAGACAAAGCAUUUAUAUUCUGUAAAUGCCAUCGUAAAAGUUCAACACAAAGAUAAAUACUUCAGCACAAUUUCAGCAUUUGUCAGACUGUGAUC